UACUCUAAUUGUCUGUGUUAAUAUGCUCUGUACUCUAUGGCGUCAACCGUUACGUUGAUUAGCAAAAUUGAAACAAACCGAACCAAACAAAAGUAAAAAAUCCGACGCUUGACGCCACUUGCCGAUAUUAGUCAAAUAUGUGCCUUAUCAAAUAAAUAGAAAAGUAAACAAAAGUAUUAAUUUUGCUUUGUGUUUGAAUAAAUGAUUAAAAUGACUGACAGUGAAGACGAUUUGUUAGAAAAUUAUCAAUAUAGUUUUCAAAACGUGGGAAUGGCGAUCCGUGCGAAAGGCCCGAACAUAGAUUUUGAAAGUUUUAGCCUUCCAUCUUCAACUAUGCAAAUGCUGCCUGGGAAUGUAAACCGACCAAAAUACGGUCACAUGAAUAAUGGCCAACGAAGCUUAUAUUACAGAAGAGAGACUUCUCCAAUGUCCGCAUACAACGUUUCCCAUUUCAGUCGUCCCUAUAAUCGUAGUUUCUCCGCACGAAGUCAUACAGGUUCUCUCCAGUCUGUUUACAAUCGUGGAAACCGUUCACCCGCUUCCGUAAGGAGUAUAGAUUCAAAUGCAACUGUUACAGCUUCAGAUAUAGUGGUUGCAUUAAAAAAUGAACACUUCAACAAGUAUGACCAAAAACUGUUAAAAGCUGCAUGUUAUAAGUUCUUAAAGAAUAAAUCAAGAAAGAGACUUGAGUACAUGCGGAAUCGUAGGAUUCUAAUGAACAAAAUUAGAAGGCGACAUUCCACAGAAGACUUAGGGGAAUUAGCAAGUGAAUCAUCUUCCAGUAGUGAAAAUAGUGUAUCACCUAAAAUCUUUAAACCUAAGGAUUCUAAUGGUAAAAUAAUCAAAAAUAAUGUAAAUCAAGAUUGUAUGGAGAAUAAUUAUACAAAUAUACUUGAUGUUAAUCAGAAACAAAAUGUAAAUGGAGAAGAAACAAGUGUUAUAGCUACAGUAAGCAAACAAUGUACAUACACUAGUAAAGAAAAUUGUUUCUUACUAAAAGACCAAUUCAAAAAAAGAUUUCUUUUACCACAACAAAGAUUUUCUAAUUCUAAUAAUGGACCUUCAUCAGAAACAAACAUAUCAUGUAAUUCUAACAAAAAUCAAGUGCCUAAACUAAUUAGACAAUGUCCAAGAGAAUUAAAUGAAAAUAACAGUGAUGAAGAAAUAUUUUCAGUACCAAUCAAUGAUAGACUUUCAGGAAAGUCACAGACAACAACUCGUAAAAGAACUAUUGAUUCUAAUUAUAAAGAGGAUAAUCCGAAGGCACCCAAACAGAUGAAAAUUGAUACACCUAAAAAAACAGAUAGUUUAAACUGUGUAAAUAAUAUUAAAAAUGAUUUUAACUUUGCAAAGCCACAGAUGCCUGUAACAAAAUUUGUCAAGCUUAAAAAGAAGAAAGCGCAACCUGAAAUAUUAAUAUCUAAAUCAUCUCAACCACUUUCUGUAAUUAAUGAAACUGUCUUAAAUACAUUAUCUCCAAUACAAAUACAACCUAUUCAAGAAUCUACUAGACAAGAUAUUAAUAACACAGAUAAAAGAAGCAGCAUAAAUAAUGAGUCUGUGAAUACAACCAAUGAUGUAUCCAAAAGGCCAAGUUUUGUGAAAAGAAAGUUAUUUACUCAAAAACUCGAUGUUAUCGAAGCUAAGAUUGAUACACCUCAAAGUAGUCCUUCGGUAGAUAAAUAUGUUGGUAACAAAGAAAAAACUAAACCACGAAAAUUGGCAUCUUCACAGUCUUGUCUGAGCCGUGAUGUAGCGGAAGAUAAUAAUAAUCUGUUGAAUCUCCUUCACAAAAUAGUGCCAGUUGAGCAAAUGAGUUUAAUCAACUCGACAACAAAUAAACCUGAUACUGGGAAUAGAAAGAGUGAAGGUGAUUGUGCUAAAUGGGAUAUUGAUUCAGUUUUAUCUACUUGCAAUGCAGAUGAUGGCAGUGACACUUAUACUGAUGAGGAAAUACUUGCAAAUGGAAAGAACGAGAACGGAAAAUCUAAUGAAAUAGCCCAAACAAAUGUAGUAUCCAAAGAAGUUGAGGAAAUCCCACCCAAAAAUAAAAUACUUCGAAAAACUGUUGGAAUCAAAGAUGGAAAUGAGAAUACUACAAAAACAAAUCAAAAAUCAUUUUGUGAUACUGACAUUGAGAGUGACUGGGAAAGUAAUGUAUUUUUGCCUUCUAAACUUAACAAUUGCCAAAGGAGUAAGGCUGCAGGUAAUCAACGGGUUGAUAAAGUAAUUAAAAAUAAGAGUGCUGCAGUCAAUUCUUUGGCUAAAAAUAUUAAUGCAAACUGUCUAAAUGUUGAUGCAAUUAAAAAAACAGCAAACAAUUGUCAACCAUCAAUUUGGGAUACAGACUUUGAGAGUGAUCUAGAAAGUUUUGUAAUUUUGCCCAAAAAAACAGGAAACUGUAAAACAAAUAAUGCUACAAUUAACAAAAAUCAUAAUGAUAAAGAAAAUUGUGGAAGUAACAAAAAUGUUCAAGUUAAUUCUAAAACGAAAAAGAAUAACUCAAAGUCUGUAAACAUUGAUGUAAAUAAGACAGUUGCUAACAAUUAUCAAAAGUCAAUUUGGGACACUGACUUUGAAAGUGAUCUUGAAAGUUGUGGCAUUUUACCUCAAGCUAAAAAAGCAAAUAAAAUAAAUGCAACAAAUACAGCUAACAGAAAAGUUAAUACAGAAGAAAAUUGUGAUAAUAAAAAUGGCGCAGUUAAUUCUAAAACUAAAAAUGUUAUUAAACCAAUGAGUCAAAAGGUUAAUGCAAAUAAAAAAACUGCCAGGAAUCAACCAAAGUCUAUCUGGGAUACGGACUUUGAGAGUGAUAUGGAUCUAUCAAAUAAAUCUGGAAUUUGUAAAACCGAUGCAACAGCAAUUAAUCAAAGUAAGUUCAUAUUUUGCGGUACAUUGUUGGUAAUAUAUGCCUUAUAA